UUUAUUGGAACUCUACAACUAUGCGCUCCUAUGUUCGACGUAAACUUUGUAAUGGAUAACUACGGGUUGAGCGGUGUAUUUUUGGAAAUUUGCUUUAUAGAAUUUGUUAAUUCCUUUUUGUUGCGAAGAGCACAUGCUGAUCCCUGCUCUCUAGCAAGCUAUUUCUCUUAUUUUGUUUCCAAAACAUUUUAUUCUUUUGGCCUUCAUUUUAAACACCUUGAAGCACUUGAAGACAACUGCAGUUCUGAUUUGACGGUAGCCAUUAUUUAUGGCUCUGUCGUUGAAGCAAUUGGACUGCUAGGGUGUAAAAUAGCUGAACAUUUUAUUGAUGAGACUUUAAUUGAUGAAAAGUAUGUUACAACUGUGCUUUCAGCAAUUUCUGGUUUAAUAACUAUUUUGGGUAUGUUUUUAGAUAGUGAAUAA